AUGGCCGAAUUUAACUCCAUUCCAUCUGAACGUUUUCUGGACGCCACUUCAGAACCACAACGACGUCUUUCGCCCAUACACGAUUAUGAACUGAAACCACUUGUCUCACUCGAAGAAGCUGUACGGCCGUUUGAAUCUUUAAUUCCUAAUAUUCAAGCAUAUGUUUGGACAGCAACUGGUAACUGUGAACAACCGAAAGAUGGUCUGACACCCGAUGAAUCUGCUGCUGUCUAUUUGUACACAAUGCAGUGCAUGUACCAUCAACUGAACACUCUUCUACGAAGUGAAAAUCGACAACAACUCGUACCGUACUUUUCGUACCUAAAAUUAUUUCUCACAGCCUUGUGGAAGUUAAAUGAUGUUCAUGAUCUCGUAUUCAGAGGUGUAAAGGCAAAUGUUAGUGAUGAUUAUCCAAAAGGAAAGAAAUUUGCAUGGUGGGGACUUUCGUCGACGACAACAUCUUUAGACGUUUUACAGAAAGAUACAUUUCUUGGAGAGAGUGGUCCACGAACUCUAUUUAAUAUUCAGUGUUUCAACGGGAAAAUGAUUAAAAAUCAUUCACAGUUUCCUUUGGAAAACGAAGUAAUUCUAUUGCCGUGUAGUUACUUUGAAGUUAUGGGUAAUAUGAAACAGGGUGCAGAUUUACGUAUUAUUCAUUUAAAACAAAUUGAACCGCCCGUCGUUUUAAUUCAACCUCCAUUUCCUUCGACUGUGCACAACAAGGAACCUACUCCAAAACAAAGCAAAACAAAAUUUAACAAAUUCAAACAAAAUGGAAUUAUCUAUGCGGGAGGAAAUGGGCAAGGAAAUCAGUUAAAUCAACUCACUUAUCCUUAUGGGAUCUUUAUUGAUCAUCACAACCAUAUUUUCAUUGCUGAUACUGAGAAUCACCGUAUUGUUGAAUGGAAAUAUCAUUCAAACAAAGGACAAGUCAUUGCUGGGGGAAACGAUGAAGGAAACAGAAAUGAUCAGUUAUCUUAUCCAAGAGAUGUUCUUGUUGACAAACAAAAGAAUUCUUUUAUCAUUUCUGAUAAAAGAAACAGGCGAUUAAUCCAAUGUUUUCGUCAAAAUGAAAUAAAACCACAAAUUCUCAUUUCUGAUAUCGCUUGUUAUGGUCUGUCAAUGGAUAAAAAUGGAUUUAUUUAUAUUUCUGAUAGUGAGAAAAAUGAAGUGAGACGAUGGAAAAUGGGAGAAUAUAACAAUGAAGGAAUUAUAGUGGCAGGUGGAAAUGGAAAAGGGGGACAACUCAAUCAAUUCAAUUAUCCUAAUUAUAUCUUUGUUGAUGAAGAUGAUUCUCUUUAUGUAUCAGAUCGUGAAAACCAACGUGUGAUGAAAUGGAGAAAAAAUGCAAAAGAAGGCAUUGUUGUUGCUGGUGGAAAUGGUCAAGGCAGCAGUCUCAAACAAUUGUUUCAUCCUACUGGAGUGAUUGUUGAUCAUUUGGGUCAAAUCUAUGUAGCAGAUUGUCACAAUCAUCGAGUGAUGCGCUGGUGUGAAGGAAAUGGUGAAGGUGAAAUUGUUGUUGGCGGAAACGAAGAAGGAAAAGAAUUAAAUCAAUUGAAUUGUCCCACUGGUUUAUCAUUCGAUGAUGAAGAGAAUCUUUAUGUUGUGGAUCGUUCAAAUCAUCGAAUACUAAAAUAUGAAAACUGUUUUGAUUAA